AUGGAUGGAGUUCUGAUUCCUUCUAAGCAAGCGCUUGUACCUCUCUUAGAAAAGCUCGAUUUAUUACUGGUUUUUCUCGAAGAAUCUUCCCAAAAUAGCAGCGAAGAAGUGAAAUCACUGGAAAGAAGAAUCAGACAUGCGGCUUAUCAUGCAGAAGAUAUAAUAGAAGGCCGCAAUUUUCCAUCACGAUCUGAAAGUAUGAUGUCUGACAUCGAACUUCAGGCAGACUUGCAGAAAAUAAGUACAGAAAUUGAUUCCAUCGUGGAAGAGGCGGGUAAGAUUAUAGACUUAGAGAAAAGAAUAACAGAAAUUGAUACCCACGUGGAAGAGGCAGUGAAGAUUAAUGAUGGGAGUGGUGAACAAAAUCUGCACACGAGGAAAUUUUCGCAAUCAAAACCUGCUCCUGGUGGUCAGAAUAGUGUAGUUGGAUUUGUUGAAUACUUGAAGAAGGUAAAGGAUCGACUCUGUAACGAAGAACAACCUCAAUUCCAAAUUAUUCCCAUUGUUGGAAUGGGAGGAAGUGGUAAGACUACUCUCGCUUUGAGUAUUUUUGAUGAUUCAUAUGUCAAGUAUUACUUUGAUAUUCGUGCUUGGGUGACACUGUCUCAACAAUAUCAUGUUCAGAACGAUCUUCUAAGUCUUCUAGACAAUAUUGUUGUUGUUACUGAUGACAUUUGCAAAGUGCGUGAUGAACAAUUAAAAGACUAUAUCCACAAAAAUCUGAAAUGCAAGAGAUACCUAAUUGUAGUUGAUGAUGUGUGGACUAAGAAGGCUUGGAAUGAAAUACAAAUGUUGUUUCCAAAUGGCAACAAUGGAAGCCGAAUCAUAUUGACAACGAGGCUAUCAGAUGUGGCUGAUUAUGUUGGCUCAUCUAACACUUGUCACCAGAUGCAUUUUUUAAAUGAAGAAGAAGUUGGAAUUUAUUUCUCGCUAAGGUGUUUGGAAAAGAAAAUUGCCCACUUGAGUUUGUGGACGUUGGAAUGA